GGAUCCUAUGCUUUCGAAUGGCUCUCGCGGUACUUUGAUGUCAUACACUGACCAUUCUGCGCAGCGCCGCUUAAAGACGAACGCAUCUAUUGGCAUGAUCCAGAGCAAACGUGAGAGGUGGAGAUGGACGUCUCUGGCCAUAGUUUGUUCCUCCUGCAGCAGCUGAAUGUCCAAAGGGAGUUUGGCUUUCUGUGUGACUGCACUGUUGCCAUUGGCAACGUAUACUUCAAGGCUCAUCGUGCAGUCCUUGCUGCCUUCUCAAACUACUUCAAAAUGAUCUUCAUCCACCAGUCCAGUGAGUGCAUCAAGAUCCAGCCCACAGAUAUUCAACCAGAUGUCUUCAGCUACCUGUUACACAUCAUGUACACAGGCAUGGGUCCCAAACAACCCGUAGACCAGGGCAGACUUCAAGAAGGCAUCAAGUUCCUCCACGCGUACCAGCUCUGCCGCAAAACAGGCGAGGGUGGCCCUGAUGCAUCUUCUGAGCCCAUCCGUAUGUCCAACCUGUAUGGCAUCCAGAUCUCUUCACAGCUGGCCAGUAAAGAGAACUCGGGCCUGAAGGCUGGCAGUUCACGGGACCCUGAGGACGGCCGCUCUAGCACUAGGGCCGAUCGCACACAUGGCCGUUUGGCUCUCGCUGUAGGGCUGGAGGGCAUUACGUCUGAGCCACAGCCUCAAAGCUUCCGCGCCGCAUCCUCGGUGGCCUCAGGGGACGACUCUGACAUUUCAGCACGGAUCAAACAGGAAAGGGUAGAGGAGGAAGAACAACAGGAAGGCGACAAAGAGCCGUGCUCUCUCUCCCCAGCCCAGGUGAGCCCCUGUCAGGCGGGUCUGUUCAAAGAUGGCCCUCUAGCACUUUUAUGCCCCCGGUGUGGUGAACGAUGUCUGUCACCUGAAGGCCUGCAAGAGCACCUAUUUACCCACGCAGCCUGUGCCCUCGAGCCUAGCGGUCUGAUGGAAGGCCCUUCAGAGGACAAAACCGGAGAGCACAAGUCCCUAGAGGAGAGGCGGCCUCAUAGGGAGCGCAUAGACUCUGGUAGUCUGGAGGAGGCCUUACGGCAGAGUCAGGCCCUGGCAGAUGAGCUGGCCGUGGAACUCAGGCGAGGUGGUGGGACCGGACGGAGUGGCAGCCCAUUGGCAGCCUUCACGCGAAAACGAAAGAUGGCCUGUGCCGUCUGUAACCUUCGCUUCUCGCAGAAGAGCCAGCUGCAGGAGCACAUGUUCGCACAUGUGGGCAAGCCGCUGCGAUACCAUCGCUACAGCCGCUUCUGCGGGCAGCUGCUCCAUGGCUGCGAGGGCCAGCCAGAUAUUACCGCAGCCACGGGAGAGGAGGCAGCCAAGGACACUCAGGAUAACGGCAGCUCCUGCUACUCACUGGACUCUGAGGUCUCUCAGGAGAGCGUGGACGCAGUGACUGUGGAAUGACAUAGUGUUUGACAUAUAUUCAUGCUAACACACAAUGUCUGUUAAAGGAAUAUUCUGGAUUUAGUAGUUAAGCUCUGUCGUCAGCAUUUGUGGUAGGUUGAUUACAACAAAUUCAUUUCCACCUAUCCCUCAAAAAAAAAAAAAAAAAGAGAGCAAAAAUCUUGGUUACAGUGAGGCAUUUACAGUAGAAGUGAAUGGGGCCAAUCUGUAAAAAAAUAAAUACUUACUGUUUCAAUAAGACAUAAGCAAACAUAAUUUUAAUUUGUAAAAAUAAAUCUCUUAACUUUUCUGUGUAAAGAUGCAUCCAAUUUUACCACAACCUCCAUGACAACAUAAAAGCCAAAGUAUACUUCAGUUUUUAUGCAUACACUGGAGUAUGCGCACAGUGCUUGUGACAUAAUACUUAAUUUUUAACAGAAUAAUGUAUAAUGUUUCUGCUUUUAAUUCCUCCAAAAUUGGUCCCCAUUCACAUAAAAUACAAUGUGACUUACCAUAACCUCAAUUUUUGCUUUUUUAAGAAAACAGUGGACAAGUCAAAAUUAUUUUGUGUAAAUCAACAUUAUUCUUCAAAUACUGUCGAUUGAGCUUAACUUUUAUUAAACCCAUAAUUUGCCUUUACCUAAUUUUGUUUUCUGCCUCAACAAUUCUGUCCUGUCACAAAAGUCCUUGUCAGUGUUAAAACAUACAAGAAUUAUGUUUAAAACUUAGUGUUGAUGAUUGUAGUGUUGUUGUAUAAUGAUGUUUCUGACUCUUGGAUGACUGAACACUGUUGGAUCAAUUAUAUAUUUAAAGGAAGUAUUAGAUUGACAAGCACAUGCGCAUGAAACUCAAAUAGCACUAUGAAGUGCCACAUUUGACAAAUCAAAAUUUAUUUUUUAUUUUUUUUCAGAGGCCAGCUUAAGCUAAUAACAUGAUUAUUUCUUGUUUACUUUUGGGUUGUGGCCUAAUGAGUGAAACUGACUGAGCGUAGAGUCAAAAUGA